AAAAAAAACAAAGAAUUAAGGGCAAAAACCCCCUGGUGGCGGCCGCUGUCAGUCUGCCUUUGGAGCAAGAUCGGGAGACAUGCCGAGCCGUAACUCUUGCCUCGGCUGGCUGGGGAGGCACUACACCCCUCCCCCUCCCUUCCGUUCGGUCGCCUUCGCCUUUGUAAUAUAAACGGAGGAAGACUCUUUUACGUUGAAUAUAGAAACCUAGCUGCUGCGUCUCCGCUACGUACGUCUUUCUUGGGGCCAGUCCCAUCAUUCGAAAGCCUUCGUUCGUGCCUUGCGUCACGAAGGCUCGCUCGCGCUCCCGCGUUCCUUUGCUUUUUGCCCAACUAUUUCUGGCCACGACCCCUUCGCCCGUCACUACAUUCCUUUGGGCCAGAUCUGGUGGUCACCCGUCACCACCACCACCACCACCCCGCGCGAAAGGGUCUUACUUAUCCCAGCCUCACCUGUCAAUUUUGCUUUUUUCUUUACUCUCUCUCUCUCCCUUUGUUCGUCCAAGCGCUGCGAUUGCGUGGUUCGAUAGGGACGAGAGCAGAUUUCGGAAACGCGAAUAUAGAGAACCACGAUUGCCGCGGCUUUGGUCGCUGCCCAUUGUUACUCUUUUUUAGACACAUCUACCGAGACACGCCCGCCAAGGCAUUUCCAUCUCGUGUAACGACGACACUCUUGGACGGUCAAAACCGCUGAGCGGCAUCGAGCGCAAUGGGCUGGGUCGACAACGCAACUCCCGAGGUCGAGGACCUGUCGCAGUAUCCUACAAUCAUCGCCAUCUGCGUGGUCUUGUCCGUCCUCUCCAUCACAGUCGUCAGUACACGGCUAUGGGUUCGUGCGACAGCUCGCGGCCUGGCCGGUGACGACUGGAUGGCCGCCCUCUCCAUGGUCUUUGCGCUUAUAUACUCGAUCCUUUGCAUCAUCCAGACAAAGUAUGGCCUUGGCUUGCCCGUCAAGGCUCGCCCAAAAGAAAACCUCAUCCCGUACACGCGCGUCAACUUUGCGGGUCGACCAAUCUACCAAAUCGGCAUCAGCUUCUUCAAGAUCGCUUUGUUGAUCAGCUACCUUCGCCUAUUGAAGGGGACGGAUCAAAAAACUUAUCGUCUGAUCGUCUUGACUACAAUUGGAGUCAUCUUGGCUGCUCAUGUCGGAUGUGCCCUUUCUCUCAUAUUUGCCUGUUCCCCGGUGGACAAAUCGUGGAACCCUCUGAAGGCUGGCACUUGUCUGGCACCCGGUCCUUCUUUUACAGGAUACGCCGUCGUCACAAUCGUUUCGGACGUCGUCGUGGCCAUUCUGCCGAUCCCGGUCUUGCUAAAGCUCAACGUGCGUAUGGAGAAGAAGCUGGGCCUCAUUGGUAUAUUCAUGCUGGGCCUCUUCACCACUCUUUGCUCCAUCCUUCGGUACCUUCAGAUCAACCGCAUUCAAUACGGCGAUGGCAACUCAACCAUGCUGGUUCUUUGGGGCACAAUCGAAUUCAACGUCGGCAACAUGGUAUCCUCUCUGCCGUUCCUCGCUCCAGUGUUUAUGAAGAAAGCCCGGGAGUACCGCUCCAAGCACUCCGGCCAAGGAUACGGCUCGUCGCACCGCAUGAGCCGGAGUCGAGGUCUCAAGAAUGGCGAACACUACCAGCUGAGCGACGUAAGCAACGACAAGAGUGUCUUUGCGUCCACGACCAAGUCAGGCAGCGAGGAGAACAUUUUGCAAGACGGGGCAAUCGUAAAGUCUGUCACGUACAGUGUCCAGGUCGACGAAGAGGCAGGGGGCCAGGGAGCCCGUCGCCGCAACGACUCGGGCUCUAAUGUCUAGCGAUUGGAUCUAAGGGACCUUGGAUUUCCAUUUAAUUUUACACGGAUGAACGCUUUUACGGCUAAGGCUGAGGCUUACCCAGAGCUACGCCUACGACGACUCUACUCGGUUUGGCGGCGUACGAAGUACAUAUAUUGUUCAAAAUAGUCACAUUUUUCUUUUAGUUGCGUAUGGCGGCCAGGGGCGCAUCUGUUUCUGCAUAAUUGGAUGCUUGGGACAGGCGACCCUGUACAUAACCACUGCCAAAAGAGAGGUCAAGAGCGCCGUUGUACUUGAGUCACAGAAUAUUGAGGAGGUGAAGCCAUGACGAUGUUUGUUGUUGGUUCGUGUUACGCCAGCCCAUGCUGUAGAACCCGGG